AUGCCUAUGUUGAAUGGUCCUAAUUCUGCGUUCCAUUACAACCUUCUUCCAGUAUCAAACAAAGAAGAAAAGUAUCUCACAUACUCUGUUUAUGAUGAACCAUUACUGAUGUGGAGGUUGGAGCCAAGGGGGGGUAUUGUUGGUAGUGACACUUAUAUUACACCAUAUCGAUUUUGUUAUGGGUAUCAAUCGGGUAGUAAUGAUGGUUGUGUGAGCGGUUUCGGGCUUCCCUCAUGCCGGAGCAGGAAAGAUACGUUCAUGCAAAAGCAAGCGAGGGUUGAAGGAAAUCCUGUUAGCCAGCGCGACGAUAAUUCGGGCUUAAGCAUCAGCGAUUGUAUGGAAAAGUGCUGGAACAAUUGCAGUUGUGUUGGGUUCACCACAAGCAAUAGCAAUGGAACGGGUUGUAUAACGUGGACUGGAGACUUGGUAUAUCAAGAAACCAGUGGAGUCGAGGGCAUAUACGUGAUGGUUCAUGAAAAUUCACCUAAAAGUAAGCUCAUUUUAAUUUUGAAAAUGUCCAAGAAUAAUAUGUCAUUGUUUGAAUACCCAGUAACCCACAUAUGGUGGGUAAAGACUAGAUGGGGCAAUUGUGGUUCACAGAUGACAGGAUCCAUGUUCAAACAGGAUUAG